UCUUCAUCUAACACAAACAAAACCCCUAAAAUCCACAGUUUUACGUAUUUUUGUUUUGAUCAUUUUAAACUAAAUCGGACUAUAAAUCAUUUUUCUUGAGGGGAAAAGAAGAAAAGAAAUGGCAGCAGCAUUUGCUACCUCAUCAACUGUGAUUGGACUGGGCAGUAGCUCUCUAUCGUCUCCUCGCAGUUGUUCAUGCAGGAGAACAUGCCUCAGCUCAGGGUUUGUGAAAUCAGUAGCAACAGCUAGAAAUCCACUGAGACAAGCAGGUUCUAAUGGAGGAAAGUUCAUGUGCUUUGAGAGGGAUUGGCUACGGAGGGAUCUGAAUGUGAUCGGAUUUGGGUUGAUAGGAUGGCUAGCUCCGUCAAGCAUACCAGCAAUUAAUGGAAAGAGUUUGACCGGACUCUUCUUUGAAAGUAUCGGCGCUGAGCUUGCCCACUUUCCAACCCCUCCUGCUCUCACUUCUCAGUUUUGGUUGUGGUUGGUUACAUGGCACUUGGGGCUGUUCCUGUGCCUGACAUUUGGGCAGAUUGGUUUCAAGGGAAGGACUGAGGACUACUUCUAAAUUAAUUAAUUAGUUAUAUUGUCUCCUUUCACUUGAAUUGUAAUUUAUGCAUGUAUGAUCUUCUUCUUUGUUGAAAACAACCAACUCUCCCUUUCUUUAGUUUAUUCUAUUGAUGGGAUGUAACCUGUUUAAGAUUAUUCCUACAUAUCAUGUGGAUAGAGAAUCUUGGUCUUAAAAAA